AUGAGUGAAGACACUGAUGGGAUCGCCAUUGUUGGCAUUGGAUGCAAUUUUCCAGGAGGGGAAGGAUUGGACAAUUUCUGGGAUGUACUGCAGAACGGGAAGAACUGUGCUGUGGAUAUUCCAAAGCAGAGGUUCGACUGUUCCUACUGGUAUGACAGAGAUGAAAACAAACCUGGGAAAUCCCGAACCUGUAAAGCUGCUCUCAUUGAUGGCUUUAAUGAGUUCGACCACAAGUUUUUCGGGAUUACGGCUGCAGAGGCAGACCUCAUGGACCCUCAGCAGAAGCUGCUGCUUCAGUCUUCCUACAGAGCACUAGAGGAUGCUGGGAUACCAAUGGAGAAGGCCAGCGGCACCAGGACAGGAGUGUUCGUAGGUCUGAUGAACAGGGACUAUGAGCUGGUCAACGCAAGGGCCAAUCCAAACAUGAUUAACCACUGCACUGGCACGGGCAUGGCUCCGAGUAUCGUGGCAAAUCGCAUCUCCUACACCUUCAACCUGACAGGACCCUCCCAAUCCAUCGACUGUGCCUGUUCCUCAUCUCUUGUGGCUCUUCAUUCUGCUUGCCAAGCCAUUAAACAAGGUGACUGUGAGAUGGCCCUUUGUGCUGGGGUGAACUGCAUCAUUGACCCAAAACUUUUUGUGGCUCUGAGCAAGGCCAAGAUGAUCUCACCCGAUGGCACCAGUAAACCCUUCUCCAGCAAAGCAGAUGGAUACGGCAGAGGAGAAGGCUGUGGAGUUGUACUGCUGAAACCACUGAGAAAGGCUCUUCAAGACUCUGAUCACAUAUGGGGUGUGGUCCGGAAGACCGCUGUCAACCAAGAUGGCCGUAGUGUUACUCCAAUAACGAAGCCAUCCAUGGUCCAGCAGGAGGAGCUGCUGAGCAGAAUCUACUCUACUGAAGACGACCUGGCCAGUGUUCAGUACAUAGAGGCUCACGGGACUGGAACACCAGUAGGUGACCCAAUAGAGGCUAGCAGUAUUUCAAAUGUCAUUGCCAAAGCCAGAAGUCCAAGGUCAGAGCCUCUCGUUAUUGGCUCUGUGAAAGGUAAUAUAGGACACACUGAAUCAGCUGCAGGGGUAGCAGGCCUGAUUAAGGUUCUUCUCAUGAUGAAACAUGAAACUAUUGUACCAUCAGUGUUUUACUCAGACGAGAGUGCUAGCAUUGAUAUCAAUGUUUUGAAUCUGAGAGUUCCCACUAAGGUAGAGAAAUGGCAGAGUUGCCCUCUGAUGGGCAGAGUGGCUGGAAUUAAUAAUUUUGGUUUUGGUGGGACUAAUGCCCAUGCAAUUGUUCAGCAGAUUAAACAUUCAAAAUUCGGAAAGAUUUCAUUCAGCCGAAGUCAUCAUGUUUUUGUACUUUCCACUGCCUCUGAAAAAACACUUGCAAUGACCAUUAAACACACUGCAGAAGAACUUAAGAAACAUAUGACGACAGAUAUAGCAACUGUAGCAUACACAGCAGCAUGCAGGAGAACACAUUUCAAACACAGAUACAGAAAGGCCUUCCUCUCCACCUCUCUGACAGAUUUAACCAAUCAGCUUGUAUCUGCUGUUGAGAAAAAGGUUGACCCAUCAACAGCAGACCCCAAGUUAGUGUUUGUGUUCUGUGGUAAUGGUGUGACAUAUAGAGGUAUGUGCAAGCAGCUCCUGCUGGAGGAGCCUGUAUUCUAUCAGAAAGUGAAGGAGGUUGAGAACGUCUUCCAGAAUUACAGAAGUCUCAAAUUUAUAGAGCAAUUACAGCUUGAUACAAAUGACAAUGGCGAUUUCUCUAAGCCUGACAUUAUUCAGCCAAUUCUCUUUGCUAUCCAAGUUGCUACAGCAGCCGUUCUGAAGCACUGGGGUGUCAGGCCCGAUGCCAUUCUUGGGCAUUCUGUUGGAGAGGUUGCCGCUGCUCAUUGCUCUGGUCUUUUGUCCCUAGAGGACGCUGUCAAGGUUAUCCACCACCGCAGUAAUUUACAAAGCAAGGUCACUGGGGGGAAAAUGCUUGUUGUCAGUAAUGUUGCUGUGACAGAGGUCUUGGAAAUCUUGUCCUCUUACUCAGGAAAGAUUUCCCUUGCAGCAAUCAACAGUCCACAGUCUUGUACAGUAUCAGGAGAUGCAGAGGCCAUUGACAACUUACACCAGAUAUUAUGUAGCAGUGACAAAUUCGAAAACAUUUUUCUUCGCAUUUUGGAUGUUCCUGCGGCUUACCAUAGUCACAUGAUGGACCCCAUUUUGACAGAGAUCGAGGAACAGAUAGGGAUUUUGCAGGAAAAUACAAUUGAAACUGAGAUUAUCUCAACAGUGACAGGGAAUGUCGUGGCCCAUGGAGAUUUUGUCAACGGCAAAUACUGGGCGCAAAACAUCCGACAGCCUGUAUCAUUUGAAAAGGCUGUGAGGGCAGCAGCCAAAGGACAGAAUGUGAUAUUUCUAGAGAUAAGUCCAAGACGAGCUUUGCAGAGGAACAUCACUGAGACUUUAGGCAAUGACAUUACAGUUCUCUCUUCAGUGCAGCCAAAAAGAGAUUAUGAGGCUAUGCUCUCCACAGUAGGUAAAUUAUUUGAGAUGGGAUGUUAUGUAGACUGGAACCAGUUUUACCAGGGUUUUAGAGCACCACCAACAUCCUUUCCACAAUAUCAGUUUGACAACAUUAAACAUGAUGUGAUAUUUGAGUCAGGAUACAAUUGCACUAGCAGUCAUCCUGUGAUAUCAAAAUCCAGGACAGAAAGUAACGUUGUCUCUUGUGACCUCACAUCAGACUCUCUGUUUUAUCUAAACGAACACAAAAACAAUGGCAUUGCCAUAAUUCCCGGGGCCCUUUAUGUAGAGAUCGCUCUUGCUGUAUCCAUGGAAUAUUCCCAACCCAAGGUUCCAUUGAACACUCUACAGAUUACCAUAAUCUUUCAAAAUCCCUUUGUUUUCAGCCCGAAUUCCCCUCAAAUGAAAGCAAAAUUUGAAACAGCAGGAAACAGCAACAGUUUCGAAAUAUUCUCAAACUCAGCUACAUAUGCCACUGGAACUGUAGAGGCCAGACCAAAAAAGUUAAUUGAGGAAAGGAGAAUUGCGCUGGACAGUGUAUGCCAGAGAUGUCAGUCAGUUGUAAGUGCUAAAGAGUUCUACAAGAGACUCUACCUUGGUGGAUUUGAGUAUGGCAAUGUAUUCCAGAACAAAGGGGAUGUGUUCUAUGGAGAGGAACUCAGGGAGGCCUAUUCUGUUGUAACUGUACCUAAUGAACUGCUUCCCCAACUGCACGAUUACUUCAUUCAUCCUGUUGUUUUAGACUAUCUAAUGCAGCUCCUGUCUGUAACAAGUGCUCAUCAAUGUCGAGCCCGUCCCGGUUUUCCUGCAAGAAUAGGCUCACUGACUGUCAUGGAGCCUCUGCAGAGUGAGAUGGUGGUAUAUUUGAGAGCAGUGGCAGUGGGAGCAGAUGAUAUCGAAGUCUGUGAAUGUUUCACUGACAAAGAGGGCACCAUCCUGGUGGAGUUGAAGAAUGUAAUGGUCAGGUUUGUGGGGAGCAGUUCUCGAGUUGUGGAGGAAUUCUUCUUUCACAACACCUUCAAUGCAAUAAGCCAUAUCAAUGAAGACCAUGAAUUCCCCAAAGCAUUAGUUUUUGCUGAUCAGUCAGGAAUGUCAGAUGCGCUUAAAAAGCACUUGAGCCCAGAAUCAAGGUUCGUCCCCUUAAACAGAGCGAAAGUAUUGCUGAGCCAUGGAGUUCCUGCAUUACUCUCACAGCUGAACAUUUCCGAUGUGGGAAAAACUUUUACAGAUGUUUUGUACAUGUGGGGUCAUAAUGAUGUAACCAACAGCAAAACUGAUGACAUUCUAGAGAGUGUAACUAGUUGCUGUGAGAUGCUCCGCCAGAUUGUUUCCUAUCUGAAGGAGUGUCAUUUCCCACACUCCAUCAGAGUGGUCACCUAUCAGUCAAGUGGAGACAGAAUACAGCACAUAAGUCCUGGGUUUGCGCUCCCUGGGAUGACGAGAGCAUGUGCAGCAGAGAUUUCAGACAUGUCAUUUCAGCUGAUUGAUAUUGACUCUAUCUCAGUCAAAGACAUUGAAGCCUUAAGCAAGGUCUUGACCCUGUAUCCCUGCAACAAAUUUGCAGAACUGUUGUUAAAAGAUGGGCAAAUUCACCAGCCACAAAUAACUCGUACCAAAGUGCCAGCCUUGGUUGAUGAAGACAGAAAUGCCCACUGUUCACUGGCAGAGUAUUUCACUCUGCAGACGGCUGACCCAUUCAAGAUGACCAGACUAUCAGCUAUUAUGUCUGAGAAAAAAACUGGUCGAAUGGAUGACCACAGUGUUGAAGUUGACCUCUGUGAAAUAUGUGUGCACUCAACAGACUAUUUCCCAGUCAGUGCCUCUGACCUCAAUUUUGGCCAAACAAUAUACUGGAAUAAACACACAUCUCAAAACCACAAGCUCCUGGCUCUUGAUUUCAAUGGCACAGUGAAAUCUGUGGGAAAGGCUGUUCAGACACUGAAAGUGGGAGACCACAUUGCAGCCUGCUAUCCCACGACUGCCACUUCCACCGUUGUCAUUCCAGCAGAUGUUUGCUACAAAACAAAGGAAUUCCCGAUAUUCAAAAAAGCUCCAUGCGUGUCACAAUUUCUUGUUACAUGGGACGUCUUGCGUCAUGCACCACCAAAAACAAAACAUUGCAGCACUUUGGGAAUUCUUACGGCUUUUCCUGACGCUAACCUUGUAAGUAUCUUGACCCUCGUGGCAAGAAGGACAGGGUGGCAUGUCACAGUUGGACCCAAUGCCAGUUGUGGUUUUGACAAAGUCAGUGUGGCCAUUUUUCUUCCUCCAUUGCAAGAAUCUAAUAUGGAAGAAGUGAUGAAAAUCGACUCUAUUUCAGUGGUCCUAAUUAUUUGUGACAACCACACAAAUAUCUUAGACACACACAGAGUUUGCAGAAGCGGAAAUGCACAAAUCCAUUUAAUCUGCAUAUCUAGCAUUAUGCACAAGGGAAAUCUGUUCACACAAAAGCCCCACUUCUGUCGGUGGCUUAAGUUAAUGCAGUUGAACAAUACGUCACUGGAUUUAAAAACGAGCAUAUUUCAAAGGGCAAGCUCUGGUAACAUAGACCUUUCUAUUGAGGGAUCUGAAUCUUACUUCAAUUGUGAGGCAUUGCGAUUGGUGGCAGUUCAGAAGAAGGUUGUCUUGUCUGAUAUCCUUUUGCUACCCCAGCCUAAGAGACUGUUCCAAAAGAAUGGAGUGUACAUUGUAGCUGGUGGACUCUCAGGGCUUGGGUUUGAAACAGUGAGAUUCAUUGCCCAGAAAGGUGGUGGGCAUAUUAUCAUUUUAUCAAGACGAAGACCAGACUCUGCAGUCUUGGAGGAUAUCAAUAAUAUCCACAAGGAAAAUACAGUUGACAUUACCAGCCUUCAGUGUGAUGUCUCCAACUUGGCAAGUGUUGAAAUGGCCAUUGAAGAGAUUGGUCAGAUUUUCCCUGCCUGUGAAAUCAGAGGAGUUUUCCACAGUGCAGUUGUGCUUCAUGAUGGUUUCAUUGAAAGCCUUAACAAGUCUCUGUAUGAAAAAGUCAUGAAACCAAAAGUAACUGGCGUUUUAAAUCUGCACCACGCCACAAGGCACUGUGUUCUGGAUUACUUUGUCUGUUACUCCUCCAUCUCCUCAUUUCUUGGAAAUGCCUCUCAGACGAACUAUGCUGCGGCAAACGCAUUUAUGGACACAUUCUGUGAGUAUCGCAGAAACCUUGGACUUCCAGGUCAAUCCAUCAUUUGGGGAGCCUUGAAUACUGGCCUUCUACUGAACAAGGAGCAUUUUCAUAAAUUUCUGGAUAGGAUGGGGUUGAUGCUUUUGGAUGUCAGUGAAAUUCACGAGAGCCUGGAGCAAUGUCUUGUGAUAAAUAAACCACAACAGGUGGUUUGCAAAUUCAACUUCAAAAAUAUGAGGUACAACGUCCUCUCUCAGAACAAUUCGCUUGCUAUGCGAAUGUUGACAAUAGUUGAGGAUGUUUUCCGCAGAGACAAAAUGUUGUGUCAUGACUGUGAACUCAAACCUUCGGUUUCUUCACCGACUGAGUACAUUAAGUCUGUGCUUAGUGAAACGAUAGUUGAUGACGAUGAUCAACUCAAUGAGGAGACUUCUCUUUCCACUCUUGGCAUUGACUCCAUGUUAGCCAUGACUCUGCAAAAUGUAAUAUUCCAGGACAGAGGUGUCAAUAUCCCCCUUGUUAAAUUACUGGACCCAAAUAGUACUGUUGCUACUUUGGUAGCAAUAGUAGGGCAGCAUGAAAAGGACAAUGAUGAUCAUGAGUAUGAGAAUGAGGAUACAAAGCUGUAA